AUGCCUAUUGCAGACGAAGCCCUUGAAAUCACGGACACUCUGUCCAAGUUACAUCUUCAUGGCUUGCCACUCGCAAAAGCCAGCCUAAUCACAGUCGAGGAGGCCUUUGCCUACCACAAGAUUCUGUACGAUUAUCGGGCUAACCCGCAUGAUGAUGAUGAUGAUGAUGAUGAUGAUGAAAAUGAUGGCGAAGAUGGCGGCGAUGGCGAAAGCGACGACGAAGACGAAGAAGACGAAGAUGAAGUUAGUUUCGAUGAGUUUGAUAGUGACAUUGAUUCUUUUGAAGAGAGUUAUGAUGAAGAUGAUGACGACGACGAACUUGAGUUGGAUAGUGACGAAGAAGAAGAAGAUACGGAAGAUGAAGACGGAGCUGAUGGAAAUGAUGAAGAUGAGAAUGCCGAGAUUGGCAUCCAACUCAUCAGGGUUGGAUUCGACAACCCUCUUCUUGUUAGCUCCAUAGAUGAGGACCAAGAUAUUUCCUUCUGUGCAAACUCGGCAGUUCACAGCCAUCUGUGGGCGGCAGAUCCCGAUCUCAAGCUCAAGGGCUACGACAUGGGUUUCCUAUCCCAACUAGCUCACCUGUGUAUCGAAGCAAAACUCCAGUCAUGCCACCACCAGGGAUGCCUCGACAAAAGAAGGGACAUGGAGGUUGUCGCCCCAAAUUGCAACUGGGCGACUUUCAGGGACUGGGUACUGACUUCCAUGUCUUGCCAAGCCAGCAUGAGCGCUGAACAAAAGUUGACUCAAGCGCAUACCCAUAUUGCCAGGGCCGUUGCAGGCUGCUGCAUGAUACUGAAGGAUUGUUCCCGCAACCGGCCGUCCAAACGCUUUCGCCCCUUCCUUGACGGCCAUUGGUCGGACGAGCAUCGAAUUGACCUUGCAGAGGUGUCAAACCUCAUCUACUGGAUGGCCAAGAUCCAGUCCGAAAUCGGCAUUGGACCCAAGAAAUUCGGGCGCUGGAAUCACCGUAUUCUCCCCGCCGAGGUGACCAUGCCUUCAAUCGAGAGCGCAGCUCUAAAGGUUGAGGACAUGGGCAUCUGCAAAAACCGCCUGUGGAACCUGGUCAAUGUCAGCGACCGCAAGCAGAGCGACCUCCCAGACAUCAUUCGGGCUCUUGAGCCCCAUCAGCAAGUCCUCAGGCACAAGGAUCAUGACUUUUGUACGCCAAGCAAGUGCCAAUGGGCACAGAUGGACAGCACAUCGGUUGGGCAGCUGCACAAGUGCGGAAAGUCUCGUGCGCAGGGCACUGAAAAUGAUGUCAAGAAGAAGACGGCGAAGAGGUCAACUUCUCAAACAGAAGCUGAAACAGGGCUCAAUACAAAAGACGAUACAGGUCCUGUCUGUGACCAGAAAGUAUUCCCCAUAGAGUUGCUUGAGACAGCAGUAGAGCUUGGGAAAAGCACUGCCUGGUUGUGUCGAUCUCCUCAGCUCAGCGGGCCCAAGGAUCCUUACAUCGCCAUCUCGCAUGUCUGGUCUGAUGGUACCGGAGUUGGCGUAAAGGAUGGCGGCACCGUCAACUCGUGUUUGUUCAACUUCUUUGCCGACAUCGCCAAAGAACUCGACUGCAGAGCCAUAUGGUGGGACGCCAUUUCCAUCCCGUCCGAGCGAAAGGCUCGCAGCAAAGCCAUCAGCAAGAUGCAUAACAGCUAUUCCAACGCACAGUUCACAGUCGUCCACGACAGCUUUCUCCUUAAUGUCCCGUGGAAGGAUGAUGGCAGUCCAUGUCUGGCCCUUGUUCUAUCGACGUGGUUCACGCGCGGCUGGACCGCCUUGGAGUUGAUCAUGUCUAAAAAGGUCAAGGUCUUAUUCGGAAAUCCUGAGGCCGGUAAACGUCCGGUUGUAAAGGACCUCGACUCAGAAGUGCUGGCCCAGAAUCCAGCGGUUUCGUCGCGAGCACAUUGGUUAGCAACAUCGCUGAUCCAUCGGCUGCGGAGACCCAUUGAAGAUAUCGGCGAUCUUCUCGCUGUUCUAUCUCCACGCAGCACCUCAUGGGCUAGAGACCGCACUAUUAUUGCCGCCUUGCUUGCUGGCGUUCCCAACUGUGACUUUACCGCUGGAGAAAGCAUCAUCACGUCGAAGAUCCUUGAAUACGUGGGCAAAAUUCCCUAUACUUGUCUUCUCCAUGGAAAGCCAACCAUGCGAGACAGCGGGCAGUACUCUUGGUGCGCAGCUACUCUUGAUGAUAUGCCGGUUGAGACAUCGUCGGAUGUCCAGGGCGGAGUCACGUCAAAAUCACAAGCGCUACUAGAUAUUGAUGAAGACGGUGCUAUUGAGGGAAAGUGGUAUUGCCGGGCAAUCUCGGCAAAGGACGUGAAACAAUUGAAGAUAUCACCAUACGGAGAUGAUCUCGCAGCUGUUGUCAAGGUUCAAAUUGCUCUCCGAUAUCCUCACAACUGUCUACUAUUGCGGCCCUCACUCGACUCAGACGACGAUCGCGCCCUAUUAGUGGUACCUAUGAGCAUAGUCACUUCCGGCCCGGUCUUGAAGUGUCGCUACGUCGGCGCCGUUAAUAUGACUAUCAGUGUCGCAAAGGACAUGGAGACAGCUAAAAAUAUGGACAAGAAUACUGCCAGCGAAGACAGGGCCGCUGACAGCGUAAGCAAAGCUGCUGAAAAAGAAGUCGAGGACGACAAUUCAGACUGGUCUCCCUGGACUAUUAGAUUGGGUGGAAAAGAAAAUAGCAAAACCAAGAUGGGAGCCGAGUCUGCUCUCGACAAGAUGGAGGAAUAUACAUACCUACUUGAGGGAGGAGAGGAUGACAAAUCGAUCACAGGAGACGACAACGACAAUGAAGGUGAUGCUUUAGAGGCGUCUUUGGCCAAGGCCAAGUUGCAAAACGAGGUACAGAUGCUGCGAUGGCUCACAGAUGAGAAAGUCCAAGACUAUAUGCCGCUACAAAUGGUACAGUGGGAUGACGAAACGACUGUGAUUGAGAUUAAUGAAAAAAGUCUCAUAAGUGCUGUCAAGUCAAUGAACGAGAAUGCAGUGCGAUAUCUCGUCAAAAAGAAUGUUGUCCUUACACCCAGGGAUUUGCGAAUCUCCAAGGCAAGCCCUCGUGCAGCCAAGAUGUUGGGUGACAUUUAUAGCGACAACGACGACACUCUUGACCAGGCAAUAGAGGUUUACAAUUACGUUAUUCUCAAGUAUCGACGGUGGAAGUCUUGCAGCGUCGAUGACCUUAUGCGAUGGUACUUUACCGAGUAUGCCCUCGGAAGUGCCUAUGUCAGGACCGGGGAGUACGCAGAAGCUGAGAAGCGAUUCAGCUGUGUGUUGCGUGCUUGCGAGCGGAAAAGCAAAUUGAGAGAAGCAAAAAUAGGAGCAAAAGCAGUCGAGGCUGCGUCAACUGAAAACCGCAACGACAGCGCCGUCACGGGCGAGAUGCCACAACCCGGAAUGCUCCAGAGGACUGGGACGUCCAAGAUAAAGAGGACCUUGACUAGGAGCUUGACUGCAAUCGACCCGAAAACGGCCACUACAGCUGACAAGGCCAAAGCUGACAAGGACAAGGCUGAAGAAAACCGACUCAAGAGCGACCAGAGAUGGUACAAGCUCCAGCUGAAUGCUAUAACCGAGUUGACGCUGCUGGACAUUGCACAAUUCAACUUUGACGGUGCCACCGAUACGUACAAGCGAGCCCUCCGGAAAUUUGGCGACGUCCCCAAAGAUAUGGAAAUCGAAGCCUUUGGAGGACUGUGGGGUAGGAGGCGUUUUCAAUCAUUCCAGGAUAAAGAUAAAAGCGAUGAGAAGGCUGCCGGUAUUUAUCAGCGUGCCCUCAGGCGAUUUGACACCAUGUUCAGAAAAGACCACAUGCUUAUUCUGAUCACGGCCCUCCAUCUAGGCAUCAACUACAUGAAUCGAUCCAGAUUCUCCGAUGCCGAGAGUCUUCUUAUGCGCGCGCUGGACGGCUUUGUGGCUCGCCUCUACGGCCCACUCCCCGAUAAGCAAACGGCUUUGGAGCUCGAUGACAAGAACGAGCAUCGCAUCAUUACCUUGACACGAUACUACGUCGGUGUUUUGUUCACCAGCCAGCAGAGGCUCGAUGAGGCCGAUGUCCAACUACGGCGUGUAAUUGAGCUUGCUUCGUCUCAAGGCGAAAGCUUUCAGAGCGAGAUGGUACGACUAUCCGCCAUCUGUGCCCUGGGACAGAAUACCAUCAACCGACAUGGCCGCAAGCUGAAUUCCAGAAAUGCUGACAAGGAGGCCGAUAAGAAGGCCGAAGAGCUUUUCACAGCGGUUUUGGAAGCGUGUAAUAACGGCCUGGAUACCUAUAUCAGCACAUAUGCUGAUGACCUCACAAAGACCCUCCUGGACAAUCUAUUAGAAAAGUUUUUAGAAAAAUGCCUGGAUGAGCACUUUGAUAGCCUUCUUCGUCAAAAUGAUGCAGAUGAUGAAGUCGAAAAGCGCAGCUUGUGGGAGAAAGAGACCUAUUUGCAGGAAGAAGGACUCUUCUCAAAGGGCACCUUCAAUGGCGGCUCCGAUGGCGGCCUCGUCAACCUGAGCAUACAGGAAAAGGAAAGCUACUUGCAACGAGUUCCCGAUGGGCCUCUGCCGGAGGGCGGUGUCUGCAAUCUUUCCCUCCAGGACAAGAAGGCAUUUUUGCGAGCUUCUGGGUAUCUCCCGCAAGGGGAAGACGACAGCUUGAGCAGCCUCGAGGCGGCGAAAAGAAUUGAGCUACAAAUAGAAUUUUCUGGGGCACACAUCCUCAAUAUCGCACAUCAGGCAAAGCUAGGGCUUAUCGGCGUCUUUUUCAAACGAGGGGAAGAAAGGUACGACGAGGAAAACUUGAGUUAUAUAAUAACACAGGUCUCAGACGAAUCGGAGAUGGAGAGUAAGAAUCCAUUCCUGUGCGAUGCCAGAAUACUCGUGAGUACAAUAUACGAAGAUGAUGAUGAGAAAAUUGCCGAGGCAGAGGUGCAGGUAAAGGCGACACUUCGAGCCUUGGAAUAUCUGGAGGGGAAACAAAGUCUGACCUAUUUGCAAAUGGAGAGAAGGCUUGGUGUUAUUUGCUUGAAACUCGGUAAAACGAAGGAGGCUCAAGAAAGCUUUGAGGAGGCACUCGAUAAUCUGGAGCAAAGCAUGGGUGCUUACCACUCCCAGACACUGAAAGUGAGUUGGCGACUUGGACGCAUUUAUCUCGAUCAAGGCCAUCUCGACGAUGCUGAACUGGCAUGCGAUCGAGCAUAUCAGGGAUUCAACAAGACAUCUGGGUCAGAAUCCAAGUGGACGGCGGAAGCUGCUCAGACCCUUGGCGAGGUCUACUUCAGGAAGGGAUCAAUCAGCAAGGCCAAAGACAUGUAUCGAAAGGCCUUUGAUGCAUUCAAGGCCUUGGUCAAGAAGCCGACGGCCACGCACAAGACUGAUGCACCAGAAGAAAAGAAGCAGCAGAAAGUCCCACCGUGGAGCCAGGAUCGGCCAACAUUACUAGCCGCAAUGGAUCUCGCCAAAGUCUGUGCCAUGAUCCCAGAGCCAUCCAGUAGGUCUGAGGCACUGAAUCUGUACAAGCACGUGGUGAAUGGGCUCAGCUCGGCUACCAAGAGAGAGUUGCGCCUGAAUCUGAUUGAGGCCCGAUUGAAGCUCGCGGGUGUCUAUCGGGAGCUUCGCAAGUUGGAGGAUGCUGCUCAACUGAUUCGCCACGCCUUUAGUAGCUCCAAAGCGUUGCGUGAAUUGAAAACCUCCAAGCCUUUGGAAUCGAAAGAAGCCGAAGUGAGUUAUGCCGAGUGUCAGUUCCGCCUCGGUCAACUAAAGCUAGAGGGGUACGAGAGCGAUAUACUAGAAGAGGGCCUGCAAGAGGAAGACUUUGAUAACCAUGGCGGUCGGACUGGUAGAAGUCUGAUAGAGGACUCCCGGCACCGUCUCGAAGAGCUACUUGGCGAAACUCAUCCUCUAGUGCUGGAAGCAUCUACCAUCCUUGGUCAGCUGCGCUUAGGGGGGGAAGACGAAAGCGACGUCGAGGAAGGUAUUGAGAUUCUCGAGAAUGUGCUUAAGCACUAUACAUCUACAAACGACACCACUCCCGGCAUCCCGAAACUGGCACCAGGAGACCCAAGGAUCAUACGUGUCAUAAACUCUCUCAUAAAUUGCUUCGAUCGUCGCGAAGACGCAGAAAGAGUGAAGGACAUGGAAUCUCGCAAGUGGGAACAGCUGAAGAGUGCUUACGGAAUCGAUCACGCAGCCAUGAUUAUGGACAUUACGCAAAGUAAACACUUGGACCACGAGCAGUAUUAUGAAGAUAUCGGGGCGCAUGAUGACAUUCCGGAUUUUGAGGAUUCGAGCGAGGAGUCGGAUGAGGAAGAUUCCGAAGAAGAGUAUGAGGGUGCCUGGAACGAUGAUGAUUUAAGCUCGUUUAACUCGGAUUUGGAUUCCGACUCGGAUGAAGAGUCUGGCUCGGAUGAAGAUGGGGAGCACAGUGACGGAUCGGAUAAUGAAGAUGAGAGACAGGCGCAAGUUGAGCAUGCACAAGUCGAUCAUAGUAUGAAUGAUACGGGUACUGAUGUUGAAUCUGGCACUGGCCCUGAUUCGGAUGAAGAUGGGGAAGACGAUGGCGCCCAAGAACAAGUCAAACAUGCGCCAGUCGAUGAUGAUGAGAUGGAUGAGGUUGGCAAAUCUGAACUUGGCCUUCAUCUGGACGAAGACGAGGAGCAAAAUGAAAGAUCCGAUGACGAUCAUGAUGACCAAAAACAAGUCGAACACGAAUCCACUGAACGCCAUGUGGAAGCUCCGUGGAGAAAACAUCGAGGGUUGA